AUGGCCUUCGUUCUGCGUGAACUCAGAACAACCAGUCUCAACCGCGCCGCACUAUUUAAUACAAGACGCACAUUUGCGAUUUCACCUAUCGUCAUGGGAUCCCGUAUCAGCGACACGAUCAAGCAGGAUCACCGGGAGAUAGAGUCUUAUUAUAACAAUAUAAUCAAUGCGACAGACGAGACUGAGAAGGUGAGAUGGCAAAAUAUGUUCACCUGGGAAUUGGCACGACACUCCAUUGGAGAGGAGCUUGUUGUCUACCCGGCAUUCGAGAAAUACGUGUCCGGCGGUGUCGAUCUUGCAAACAAGGAUCGCAAAGAGCACCAAGCAGUCAAAGAGCAAUUGAAGCAGUUCCAGAACAUGCAGCCUUCGAAUCCUCAGUUCACUUCUACUCUUAAGGCUUUGAUGGACGAUCUGUCUCAACAUAUCAAGGAAGAAGAGUCGCAUGACUUGCCCAAACUUGAAGAAGUCCUGUCACAAGACGACAGCGAGAAGUACUCGACGUCCUUUGGAAGAACUAAAAUGUUCGUUCCCUCUCGUUCUCACCCAAGUGCUCCCGACAAACCGCCAUUCGAGACGGUUGUUGGCCUUUUGGCGGCGCCAAUCGAUCAUCUUGCCGAUCUCUUCCGCAAGUGGCCUCACACCUCGGGCAUGCCUAAUCCUUCCACGAAGUAA